AGCCUUCAGCCCUUCUCUCUCUAGGGUUUAAGAAGGUUUAAACACUUCUGUCUUCCGCAACUGAACACCUUUCCUCCUCCUCUUUGGGUUCUGCAGAUUGUGCUCGAACUGGUUUAGAAACCUUUCGCUUCGAAAAAUGAAGGUUAAAGUCAUAUCGCGCUCCGAAGAUGAAUUUACACGCGAACGCAGUCAAGAUCUCCAGAGGGUUUUUCGAAACUUCGACCCUAGCCUUCGGACUCAAGAAAAGGCCACUGAAUACGUUCGUGCUCUUAAUGCCGCAAAGGUGGAGAAGAUAUUCGCAAGGCCUUUUAUGGGUGCAAUGGAUGGGCAUAUUGAUGCUGUCUCAUGUAUGGCGAAGAACCCGAAUCACUUAAAAGGAAUAUUUUCAGGUUCUAUGGAUGGAGAUAUUCGUCUGUGGGACAUAGCCUCCAGACAAACAGUUUGUCAGUUUCCUGGCCACCAAGGCGCUGUACGAGGUUUAACAGCAUCUACCGAUGGGCGCAUCUUGAUAUCAUGCGGAACAGAUUGCACUGUCAGGCUCUGGAAUGUCCCUGUUGCAAGUAUAAUGGAGUCAGAUGAUUUGUCAGAUAAUUCUGCCAAGCCAUUGGCAGUGUACGUUUGGAAGAAUGCUUUCUGGGCUGUGGAUCACCAAUGGGAUGGUGAUCUCUUUGCUACAGCUGGUGCCCAAGUUGAUAUAUGGGAUCGCAACAGGUCAGCUCCAGUAAACAGCUUUGAAUGGGGUCAUGACACAGUUGUAUCGGUCCGAUUUAAUCCUGGAGAACCAAAUGUUUUAGCAACAUCAGCUAGUGACCGCAGCAUAACACUAUAUGACCUACGCAUGUCAUCCCCAGCAAGGAAGCUUAUCAUGAAGACUAAAACUAAUUCUAUAUCUUGGAACCCAAUGGAGCCAAUGAAUUUCACAGCUGCAAACGAAGAUUGCAACUGCUAUAGCUAUGAUGCAAGAAAACUGGAUGAAGCCAAGUGUGUCCACAGAGAUCAUGUUUCUGCAGUGAUGGAUAUUGAUUUCUCUCCAACCGGUCGAGAAUUUGUAACUGGAUCAUAUGAUAGGACAGUAAGAAUCUUCCAAUAUAAUGGUGGCCACAGCAGAGAAGUUUAUCACACUAAGAGGAUGCAGAGGGUAUUCUGUGUAAAGUUUAGUUGUGAUGCCACUUAUGUGAUCUCGGGGAGUGAUGACACCAAUCUUCGGCUAUGGAAAGCUAAAGCAUCAGAACAGUUGGGAGUUCUUCUUCCAAGAGAACGCAAAAAGCAAGAGUAUCUUGAAGCUGUCAAGAAUCGUUACAAGCAUCUCCCUGAGGUCAAGCGCAUUGUAAGGCAUAGACACUUGCCCAAACCAAUAUACAAGGCGACAGCACUAAGACGUACAAUGACUGAAGCUGAGAGAAGGAAAGAGGAAAGGAAGAAAGCUCACAGUGCUCCAGGAAGCAUGCCCACAGAACCAUUGAGGAAAAGAAGAAUCAUCAAGGAGGUUGAGUGAAUGGUUUUAUCUAUGUGAUCUAAGAUUGAACCGGAUGAUUCUUCUAUCUUAAUGGCAGUACACAUCUAAGAAUUCAGGCAGUGUCCUUGAGGAAUAUGCUACUUCUCAGAUCAUUACAUCAGAUUGCUCAGAGAAAUGGCUUCUCAGAUCUUAACAUGAUUCAGAAAUUCACAGCAACCAUGAAGCAAACGCUUCCUCUAUGCAACAAUUUUGGUAGUUCAAUUAAUAUCUAUUGGUGUUUUGUAAAAAAAUUUUAUCAUUUUUUUCUGGGAGAAAAAAAGAUUCCUAUUUCAUGGACCAGUAAAUCAGUGUUUAAACGGUAUAAUCUUAUUGUAUACGAAAGCACAUAGAGUUGGGUCUGGACCCAUUUUGGACCAUGGGUCCACUGAAA